AUCACCGAACCAAUUCCUGGCGAAACAUACCUCGCGUACUGGGAAAAGGCGAAGGACUGGUAUCCUGCGCUUCUUCUCCCUCUUGGAAAAUGCGACAACGUCGGCGUACCAGAUACAAUUGAGAGCCUGGAACUCACAGACGAUGGGCCAGCGUGCUAUAUGUAUCAUCAAGGCACAGAAACCUUGAUGUGGCAAAAAGAUUACGAAUAUAAUGGACCUCUAGUCAACAAGCGUGAGUUCCCCGUUAUGUACUUUAACGACUCGAAUUUUCCAGACAGGGGCGCUAUCGGAUGGGUGAGUGCUGAAGACCUUCAGCCGUUCGCUGUUGAAGCCUUCAGCUCCUCCCUUACACCACGGUACAAGUUGGUGCGAGCCUUUCUUCGAGAGCGU